AUGGCUACCCAGUAUAAACUGAGCUCCUCACAAAGAGAUCGCGUAAAGAAGUUCAGUGCUAUUACUCGAAGUUCUGAUAAGGUUGCUAUUGACUGCCUUCAGAUGAGCAAUUGGAGGUUAGAACAGGCCGUAGAUUACUUCUACAGACAGAAUCCAACUCCUCAAGGACCCACUAUUAAUGAGGCGAAAAUUGACCAUCUGUUCCAGCGUUAUCGUGAUCCUCAGUGUCCUGAUCGCAUACUAGCUACAGGGAUGGAGCUAUUUCUUGUCACAGAUCUCCAUAUUGACCCAGAAAGUUUACUCACUUUAAUCCUAGCUUGGAAGUUUUCAGCAAAGACCCAAGGAGAAUUUACUCGCGAGGAGUUUUUUCGUGGGUUCAGAGAGUUGGGGUGUGACUCAAUCAGUUCCUUGCGUAAUAAACUUCCUACUCUAUUAAGUGAUAUAGAAGACAAACAAAAUUUUCGUUCUUUAUACUUAUUCACAUUUGGUUUCGCUAAUUUGGAUAAACAUGAAAGUAAAUCAUUAGUUCUUCAGUACGCUAUUCCCUACUGGGAAAUUCUUCUACGUGGUCGAUUUUGUCAUUUAUCCCUAUGGUUUAAAUUCCUUCAAGAACAUCAUAAACGUCCAAUUUCUAAGGACACAUGGGACCUUCUUCUAGACUUUGUUGAAACAAUUUAUCCUGACAUGUCUAAUUACGAUGAAGAAGGUGCUUGGCCAGUACUGAUUGAUGAAUUCGUCGAAUGGGCAAAGCCUCAAAUUCAGAUGGAUAUUCCACUAACAAACCACCCAUGA